UAUGAUUUCUUGGUUAACAACGAUGAAAAAUAUAAUCAGGAAGAAAGCAGAAUGCAUGUUACGCGUACUACCAAUAGAACGUUACGUAUCUUAGCCUAUUAAGAAUAUCAGACUGGUUUGCGAUGACGUAAACUGAAUAUAAGUCCAGAAUAUAACACGAUGAACAAGUCAAGAAUGGGGUCAGAUUAUAUUCCGCUAGUGGAAGACGAAAUGUCGAAAGCGCGAUUCGUUUUGCCUUUCGCUAAAUUAGCCUGGUUCACCGUGUCCCUACCAUUUUUAGCAUUUAUUUUUUGUAUCGUUUGGUCCAUUCUAUACAACUUUGAGCAUUCUACUUCUACUCACUGCAAGGUUUAUAAUUUUCUACCAUCUGUGUCUGCUGCAAUUGGACAUUAUAAACCGCAAAGAAAUGUUUGGAAAACUGCGAUAGCUAUCCAAGCCUUGAUAAGAAUUUUAGUAUUAGUAAUGUAUCGCCGUUAUUAUAAAGAACAUAUCUUCAAAUCUGCAGAAAGUAUUUGUAAUAUUGCGACAGCUAUAUAUGCCGUUGAAAACAUAUCUCUUGUAACGUUAACUUUUUGGACUUCUGAUGAAAAUUAUGCCUUCCAUAAAUUAUCUUUUAUAACAUUUUUAAUAACAUCUUUCGUACACAUGCUCGUAGUGUACUACAUCGUGAGAAAUUGUCAUAUAGUUACCAGGGAACCUUCUGAAACUACUUCCUUAAAAUGGAAGCGGAGAUCCAUGAUGUCGAAUGUGUUCUGUAUAAUACUUGCCUGUUACUUUUUUUACAGGCAUAAUAAGUAUUGCGAACCUUUAGUUUACUCUAUGUUUGCGUUAAGCGAAUAUGGAGUUGUUCUUUCAAAUAUGGGGUUCCACUCGACUGCAGCUUGGGACUUUGCAAAUUCGCGUAUUAUGAUAUCAGGAACAGGAUUUAGGAUAAUUUAAUGUAAUUUUGUACAAAGGUUGGGUUACUCUUAAGAAUCUGAAAAGAAUAUUUUUACACUAGUCUUUUUAAACUACACUUACACGUUUGGAAUUUCUUUAUCUACUCAACCGCGCAAUAUCUCGUGUAUUAUCGAUAUAAUACUGAAAGUGUAAUUCGUAUCGAAUUUUUAAGUUUCCACUGAAUUAUAUGCAUAUUAAUAUUUCCGAACAAUCAGGAUAAUUUGCGUGCAAUGAAAACAUAUCUACACACAUAUAUUGUAUAUACACGUAUGUAAAAGAAAAAACGAGGGAAAAGUAAAUAAAAGGGAAGGG